GUGGCUGUAUCCUUAUAGCUUCAUCACACCUUCUCUGAGCUGCUCCAUUUCAACAAAAUCCUGGCAGAGCAAAAAAAUCUGAAAGAGGUUUUUGUGUUUGACUUUCUGGACUUGUCGCCAUACAAAGAGGAAUCAUGUCGAUGGGUUUGGAAUUGGUGGGCAUUUGUCUUGGAUUCAUUGGAUUCAUCGGUGCAAUAAUAAUAUGCAUCUUGCCUCAGUGGAGGACGACGGCUUUCAUAGGAUCCAACAUCGUCACCGCUCAGGUCAUCUGGGAGGGCUUAUGGAUGAACUGUGUCACUCAGAGCACAGGCCAGAUGCAAUGCAAGAUAUAUGAUUCUAUGCUGGCGUUACCUCAAGACCUGCAGGCCUCCAGAGCAAUGACAGUCGUGGCCAUUAUACUCGGAGUGCUAGGGGUGUUGAUCUCUAUUGUUGGAGCCAAGUGCACCAACUGCAUUGAAGAUGAAACAGGAAAGGCCAAAGUGAUGAUCAUUUCUGGGAUCUUCUUUAUCCUCGCCGGCCUUCUGGUCCUCAUUCCUGUCUCCUGGAGUGCGAGCGCCAUUAUCCGGGAUUUUUACAACCCAGUAGUGGUAGAAGCGCUGAAGAGGGAGGUCGGAGCAUCGCUCUACAUUGGCUGGGGAGCAGCUGCCCUUCUCCUGAUUGGAGGGGCUUUGCUGUGCACCAGGUGUCCACCAAAAGAGGAGAAAUACAAGCCAACAAGAAUGGCCUACUCUGCACCACGCAGCGUCAGUGCAGGUGGAGGAUAUGACAAAAAGGACUAUGUUUAAUGCUUUUUUAUCUAUGCUUGUUUGUCCGUGUUCUUCUUACAGUUUGAAACUACAGGGUAACACUCUGUUAAAGACUCCGAGAUGAAGAUAUUUGUAAAAACAUUUCAACUUUUUACUUUGCUGGCAGAUGAAAAAGAUUGCCUUCAGUUUGACAAUACUUUGUUUGCUUACGUUAUGCUUGUUUAAGAUAAUGUGUUUAUUCUACUAAAGUAAUGCUUUUAAAAUGAUCUGCUUUUUCAUUGACAGUCUGGUGUCAUGUUUCACUGAAACCUGCUGUUAAAACAUUGUAUUGCCGGUGUUGCGGAAAUGCCAAGUCCCUCUUUACAUAGAUUUGAAUCUAGGAUUGUUCAUUGUGCGUGUACUGCAUGUAAUAUAGGAGAGUUCUGUCAAGACUAAACUUAGAUCUGGAGGCACAAGGAGCUUUUAUUUUACAAAAUGUGUUAUAUACAUAUACAUAUAUAUAUAUAUAUAUAUAUAUAUAUAUAUAUAUAUAUAUAUAUAUAUAUAUAUAUAUAUAUAUAUAUAUAUAUAUAUAUAUAUAUAUAUAUAUAUAUAUAUUUGCAUGUUGUAUAUUGUAUUACAUAUUUAUCAUAUUUUUGUAACUUUGUUUUAAGCUUUUCCUAAUGUUUUGCUGCCAUGACGGCAUGCAUUUUUUUCUGGCUCCCUAAAUUUCUAGGCCUCAGUUAGCAUCACUGAUUGUUAAGGGGUGAUGUUACCCACUGGUUUUAACUGAACCCAUUUGAAGACAGUUUUUUUCGUUCCUUUAUAUUAUCAUAUAACUUACAUUGACGUCACCAAAUUCCGACCUUUUCAAAAACAGGAAGUGUGAGGGAGAAACAAGCCUGACAGUAGGGGCGUUGACAAAGAGAGCAAAUGAUAAAUUGUCUAUCCAAUGUCACCUGUUAUUUUUUAUUUUUCUGAGCGGUUUCAAUGUCACAAAUAAAACAAUGUUGUUUAUGAACAUUAAUUUGUAAUAAAUUGAUGUGGAUAUAAAGUCAAGAA